AAGUGUUUGAAUCGGUCUAACCGGGUUGACUGUAAAUUGCUUCAUUUUGUGUUCAAUUGCCAAUAAAUUAUAAUAAAAAAAAUUAAAUAAAGAGGAAAUUUUCAACAUAAAAUUCUGUAAGUUAUCUUCCCUAACUUCUCUUUAUAUCUUCUCCUUGUGCUUUUAGUCGAUCAGUUCGUCUAAUUCUCUCUACACUCGGUAAGUUAAAUAACUUUUAAAUGCUUUUAAUUAUUCAAUUUUGAUAGGCAUAAUCGGAUUAAAGUUUAAGUAUUUGCAUUAAAAACUUAUCUUAAUUGAUACAUUUUCUCUUGCAUAAUCUAUCAUCAACGGAAGAUAAGCGAUUCAUUAAGAUAGCUGAUAUCCAUAUUUUCCUCUCUUUUAGCAAAGAAUAUAUACCUACGUGGAAUAUUCUUUACAUCUAGUUUUAAAACGUAACCACAUAAAAAGCCAAAUGCCGCAAAAGCAUCUGUUACCUGUUUGCGGUCGACAUCCCUGGUGCUGUGGAGGAAAUCUUGCAGACGUUGAUUGCAACGAUAUGGGCCGGGAAAACAAGAAGUUGGUUGUUACCACUUGUAAAGUUGAUCAUGAAACCGUUGUCAGAAUCGACCGUAUUCCAGCCGAUAUGAUCGACUAUUCAAAAGUCGCCCAUGCGGCUAGCGGACCAUAUACUGGGAUUUAUAUUAAUAAACCUACUUCUAGCGAAACACUCAAAUACGUUGAGAAGUAUCAUCAACGAUUCAAGUUUGUAGCUUACCUUUCUCCAAAGCAGAAAAAGGAUUCUAAUGAGCAUAAAGAGUCUAGAGAGGUUCGACUUUGGUUUAGUGAUCUUCUACCUUUCGAAAUGAGAAAGGAAAAGGGCAGAGAAUUCUUUAAUAAGUUAACAACCCCUGAAACUUUUCCUAAAGAAUACGCCUAUUUCAUUCGGAGAACCCUUUUAUUAACCCAUUUAAGAGAUUUUAUCGAUAGUGUUGAAUUACACUUCCGACCAUAUAGGGCUGUAGUGAACAAGCCACCACCAACUCCAAAAACAGAGGAGGUUAAAUUGCCCCCACCUAAGCCACCGAAAGAAGAGCAAUUCGUUUCAACUGCAAUUAUGCAUGUCCAAGAGUGCCCUAUAGUUGAAACAGCCCAAUUAAUAACCACCGAGGAGCCGAAGCCGAGUCCUAUCUUGUCUACUAUUGAGAACUUUAUUACCGUUUUGACGCCUGCCGUCUAUGAUUACCAGUACCUAACGGAAGUUGCAGUUUCCGGUAAAACAUCUAUUGGAUUUCGUGUAAAAGCGAAGGCUGGUGCUUACGUUGCCCUUUCAUCUGUCUACGGAGAUACUUUACGUAAGACUUAUGAAGUGGUCAUUGGCACUGAGAAUAACACUAGAUGCGAAAUAAGAUAUGGCGGACAAGGUCCCAUAAUGACGGAAAGUGUGACCUAUAACAUACUAGAUCAGUAUAAUUUUAAAGAUUUCUGGAUAUCUUGGGGAGGUAAUAGGCUAGUGGUUGGAGAAGGAAGAGAAAUGACUGAAUCUUCUGAAUUGAUUUCUUGGGCGAUUGCUGAUAAAUACAGACAUUCGAUCAAUUGCUUAUCUGUAUCCACCGAUAAAAAUUCAGAAGGUACUUGGGAAUUUGUGGAAAUGAUUGACACUAGACCAAAGGAUGAUAGUCAAAGACGAGCAGCAGUUCUUAGUAAGAUGCGCCUCCUUCUUCUAUGGUUUGCUAAGAAACAACGAAUGUUACAAAUUCUAGAAGAUGCUUUCCCAGACACUUUAACUACGGACGAGCUACUUAUAACUUGCAAAGUCAAGCAAAGUGACGUCAUGCAAGCUAUUGUUUUUCUAAAAGAACUGCAAAAGAAAAGGCUUAUAAAUGAAGUAUUAGAGAAUUCUGGAAAUUGGAUUCGUAUACCUACUACCUCGGGCUUAGAUGCUAGAAGUAGUCAUGAAAUAAGAUUCGUUAGCCAUUUACCUGCCUUUGAUAUAACUGAAAGCCCUACUGUAGCCAUCAUAACAACUUAUUAUUGCGAAAAAGUGGCCGUAGAUGCUAUGAUGGAUCAUAAGAUGUCUUUUAUUGUAAAUGGAGACAAUGAAUCAAGCGUCUUUACAAUCGGUAAAAUAGGAGAGUUGAUCGUUGUUGCUACGAAACUAUCCAGAAGCGCAACUCUGGCUGGAGAACGUUGUAUGAUUUCGGACGGUAAUGCAACAGCCCGUCUUCUCUUAACUUUUAAUAGAUUAGAACAUGUACUUGUUGUGGGAGUUGGCGGAGGUGUACCGUCUUUCUGCUCGUGGAUGCAACACGUUAGACGUGGAGACGUUGUCGUGUCAGUAAACGAUAGAGCCAAGGAUGCUUAUUUGCACUGCGUAAAAAUUGAUAGUGAUCCUUCCGGUUUCACUUAUAAUACUAUAGCGUGGAGACCCCAGCACGGAUCCCUAUCGGCGUGCCUAUCCCGUAUUCGACAUUCUGAUCAAAACAAAGAUUGGAAAGAAUCCAUUUCACGUGGUCUUGAGCUUUUGCAAGCGGAGGAAAGUAGCUUCCAUAAACCUGAACUCAAGAGCGAUAAAUUGUUUGCUAUUGAUGACGAUGCUCUUGUUCAAGUUGAGCAUCCGGAUCCACAUGAUCAGUCUAUGUGGAACCAAAAUUCAGUUAAAUACGGAUCGAUAGCGUCUGGAAAAUAUAUUCCCUAUAAUUUCCAGCUACGCAUGGACUUUGGUAUGAGAUACGGCAUUAAAGCGUUCGAUCAGAACUUGGAAGCAGUUCUAGACUCUCUAGAGGGUUCGCAAGCCAAUAGUUGGGCGGUUAUAAGAGGUAUUUCAGAUUAUGCCGAUGGAACAACCGAUAAAGUUUGGCAGCCAUACGCAUCAUUAGCAGCUGCAGCAUACGCAAGAGCAGCAAUUUUAGCUCUAUCUUCUAAGACAAUCAGAGAAUUUUAA